GUUCAUAUGUGUGCCAAUGACCGUUGCAGAGAAGAUCUAUAAAAUAUGGAUAUAUGGAGAUGCGUUAUGUAAAUUAGUUCCUUAUCUUCAAGGAGUAGCCAUAACAGCCAGCAUAUUAACAAUUACAAGUAUGAGUCUAGAUAGAUGUCUAGCAAUACGACAUCCGGUUAGAUACAGACACAUUAGGACAACAAAAUAUGUCCGAAUUGUCGUAGUAGUUAUAUGGAUUAUUUCCCUUUUAUUGGCUAUACCUAUGCUGUUUGUAAGGUCUACGGUAACAACCGAAAUACUACCCGGUGAUUUUGUAACGUUUUGCUCAGAAAACUGGGAGAAUAAUUUGCACCGUCAGAUUUAUGAUAUUAUUUUAUUGGUUCUGAUCUUUAUUAUUCCAAGUUCUACGCUUCUUGUGGCAUAUUUCUUGAUGGGAAAGAAGUUAUGGGUUCCAGACAGGAAAUUAAGUGCAGAAAGGCCAAUUACUCGAAGGAGUGGACAAACUAGUAGCGAACGUGAAAGAAGUAUGCGAAAUCUUACUCUAAAUCGACGGAGAUUAGCUAAAUUGUGUAUUGCUAUAGCAGUUGUAUUUAUUAUGUGUUGGACGCCAUAUUUUAUAGUCAGUACGUAUUUAGACUUCCGGUCUGACGUAAACGAUAUUGACAUACUGAGCUACACACUUUUGAUAGGCCAUAUGCACUGUGUAACAAAUCCAAUUGUAUAUUGCUUUCUCCAUAAAACAUUCCGUCAUUAUGUAUUCCGAUGUUUCUCAGGACACGUCAAAAAGAGAGCAACAGCAGGAGUAUACGAAGCGCCGUACAUGACUCUUAACAGAGGAACACCUAACAAUUCAAACAGAAAAGGUUCUAUUAAAUCAUUAAGUUCACAACGACGUGCCUCGUCCUCGACUUCAAGUACACAGGGACGCAUGGACGAGAAGGGAAAUCAAGAAAUGCCGGAGACUUUGAAGGGGAAGUUAUUAUUGAGAAACAAUUUCACUCCUCUGGAUAUAGAGAAAUAUAAUUUACCACGGAAACUUGAAAUUCCUUCCAUAAUCAAAGAAGAAUCGAAAGCCUAUUCCAGUCAGUCGAGAUCAAGAUCGGAUUUAUUCUGAGCCUUUAUGUGAUCAAGAGACAAAAA